GGGGGAGAGACAGUGAGAGAGAGGGGGAGCUAAAUAGAGAGAAAUAGUCUGGUUAAGUAGUAUCAGAGAUGCAUCAGUGCUACAACUCGUGUUCACAACAAUGACGGGCACAACGAAAGAAGGAUAACAGCUUUGGAGUGAAUGAAGGAGAAACGACACGGACAGAAAGGUAGGGAGGACCUAAGGCAAUGAUGAACGUGACAGAAGAUUACAGAAGAGUUGUCAGCUACAGCUUCAGCUAUGGCCUCUUUAACAUCACCUCAGAAAACACCACAAUCACUAGUGGAUUCCAGCACCCCAUCUCUCAAGCCAUGGACAAGGCCAUUAACAUCAUCACCAUCAUCAUCCUCUUCAUCACCAUGAUCUCCCUUGGCUGCACCAUGGAGAUCGCCAAAAUCAAGGCCCACAUCCUCCAGCCGAAAGGUGUACUAAUAGCUCUGGUGGCUCAGUUCGGCAUCAUGCCUCUCACUGCCUUCUGCCUGGCCAAGGUCUUUCAGCUGGGGCCCAUCGAGGCGGUCACUGUGCUGAUCUGUGGAUGCUGUCCUGGUGGGAACCUCUCCAAUAUUUUUGCUUUCGCUCUCCAGGGGGACAUGAACCUAAGUAUUGUGAUGACCACAUGCUCCACAGUCACGGCACUGGGCGUGAUGCCCUUACUCCUUUAUCUAUACUGCCAAGGGUUCUCUGGUCUGGAGAAUGCUGUUCCCUAUGCUGGUAUCAUCAUUGCCCUCAUCAUGACCUUAGUGCCCUGUGCCAUGGGCAUUGCCAUCAACCACUGGGCUUCACGUUACUCACAAAUGAUAAUAAAGGUUGGCCUUAGCAUCUUGCUAAUAGCUUCUGUGGCGAUCGGCGUGAUGUCCGGCGUCGCUCUUGGUGGAAUGGUGUGGUUAGUGCUCUCUCCACAGCUCAUGGCAGUGGCCUCUCUCAUGCCUUUAAUAGGCUACCUGCUCGGGUACAUCUUGUCAACUCUCUUCAAACAGAACGGCCAGUGCAAGAGGACCAUUGCUGUGGAGACCGGCUGUCAAAACAUCCAGCUGUGCUCCACCAUUCUGAAAGUGGCAUUCCCUCCAGAGGUCAUUGGGCCGCUGUUUCUCUUUCCCCUAAUUUACAUCAUAUUCCAGGGUGGUGAGGCUCUGCUCUUCAUCAUCCUCUUCAGAUGCUACCAAAGGUGUAAAGCCACAACCGAAGAAAAAAAUGCAUAUCUGGCAGUUGACAAACCUGAAGAGACAGUCCACUGAACUUGAAGGAUUCUGCUUCUGACCACUAAAGAUGACCAAACGCAACAAAAAAACAAGCAAUAAGAAUUCAGAGAAUGUAGAGCAUGUGAAGCAACCACAGUACGUUGGUUUCAGUAUCCUGUUAAAAGCCUUUGUACUGACUGAUGUGAUGUGUGAUUUGAAAACCCUCUUUGGGCAUUUUGGAACUUUUACUUUAAUUGUUACAAAAAUGGUGCAGUCUUCCUUGUAGUAUUCUACAAAACCAGGGUUGUAUUAGACACUUCCUUUCUUUUUGUCUUAAGAUCUGACAGGUCAAGAUAAGGUGUUUCACAAAUCCAUAUUGUAGAAGCUAAACUUAUCUUUAUUUUUUAUUAUACAGCUAAGCUAUGCUAUUUAAUUUAGCAGUGCUAUUUGACAAGUGUAAAACUUGUGUAAAUAACACUGAUUUUACCAACUGAAACCACAAAGAAUAUAUAAAUGUUAAAUGCAGUAUUUUCACUAUGAAACACAUUGUCAACUGUUUGUGGUUUAAUUGUCAUAAAAUCCAAUAAAAGUGGAAGUUAAGAA